UUGACAGAAGUACAGAGAGACUUCUUGACAGAGAUGUGACCUACCCGGACAUCAAGAGAGAUCUGCCUAUAUUGUUGAUAGCUGAAGUUUAUUAUUUCAAAGGACUAUUCAGACAAACUCUGGCAAUGGGGAAACUUUUGCUAUUUUUAUUGGUUUCUUUUCUUUUGCUGGAUGUGACAUUUCAAUCCAAAGGGAAAAGGGCCAAGAAAUCCAAGUGGAACAUCACUCUAAUUCCCAGAACAUUUAAAGGAAAAAUCAUCCAGUUAAAGCCUGUCUCUCUCCCUAAUGCCAGCCAACAGACACAGACACAACAAGCACCCCYUUAUUCUGGCCUCCCCACUGCCUCUGCUCCUACCCCUCCGGCGCUGUGGUUGCUAYGCAACGACACAGCGGCGUACCUCGCCGGCCCCCUGAGCAGGUGGGUCAUCCCCYGUUUUUACAUGCUGGCCAUUGUCGUGGGGAUCCCGGCCAACGUCGCCAUCUUGUCCGCCGUGGCCACCGAAGUCAGGAGGGUGUCGUCYGCCAUCCUCUACUGCAGCCUGGCCGUCUCCGACCUCUUCCUCCUCCUCUCCCUCYUCUUCAAGGCRCACUACCAUCUCCACGGCAACCACUGGGUGUUCGGCGAGARUGCCUGCCGCAUCGUCACAGCCUGUUUCUACGGCAACCUGUACUGCUCGGCACACACGCUAGCCUGUAUUAGCGUCAAACGCUACCUGGCCGUGGUGCGCCCGUUUCUCUACAAGAGCCUCCCRAAGAGGGCCUAUACCGCCUGGGCCAGCGUGGUUGUUUGGGGGGUGUUUGGGGCUGCUGUCAUACCCGAGCUCCUGGUCCGGCAGAGCUACCACCUCCCUCAGCUAGGCCUCACKACUUGCCAUGAUGUUCUUCCACUGGACUACAGCUCCCAUGCUCCUCUGCURUACUACAAGCUGGGCCUGACCUUUCUGGGUCUACUAGUCCCGCUGGUGGUCACGGCUGUGUGUUAUGCACGGAUAGUCCGAGAACUCAACCACUCACACCACGACUGGGCGCUGUAUGUCAAGGCUAGRUCGCUGGUGUUUGUYAUUUUCGUYGCAUGUUUCYGCCCCGCCGGGACCCUCCACUUCCUGCAUUAUGUGCGUCUGUUGGCGGARGAAGAGGACAGCUUCUACGGCUACUUCAACGUGGCAGUGUGUCUGUGCUGUCUGCAUGCCUGCCUGGACCCAUUCCUCUUCCUCCUUAUGUCCAAAUCAGCCGGAUCCAAACURCACUUCAUGACCCUCAAGGGGAAGACUCUGAGCAUCUCCACCUGAAUCUUAAUCCGGAUCAAACGUACAAAAUAAUCCACAUUUAUUCCAUGAGCUUCAAGGGGAAGACCAUGAGCAUCCCCACCUGAAUUUSACGUAACCUGGAUUCGAAUUUGGACCGCAACAUCAGGUCUACAUUUGGGCCAGCCACUUCAAUCUAGAUCUCAACUGUGAAUAUGUGACUGACUAUCGGAWGAUAAGGCCAGAAACUGGAUCAGGGUUUGAGACAGUUAUGGAUCUCAGUGAGAUGUCUCAUCUCAGAUCCAGUUUCAUAUGUGAAAUCAGUUAAGAUCUGUGUGUGACUCUUUUAAAAUAUUUUUUUAUUAACCCUUUUUUACCAGGUAAAUUGACUGAGAACACAUUCUCAUUUACAGCAACGA